UUCUCCUUUCUGGCUUGUAAUCAUGGCGCCAGGGAUGAAAACCAUUGCCUCUACCGUUGCAUUGUUUGGGGUAAUAUCUCUCAUAUUUGGUGUUGUCGCUGAAAACAAAAAGCCGCCACAUGGAAAUCCAGAAAUUCUGAUAGGGAGGGAUAAACUAAUUUGCAAGUAUCCAUCGGAUCGGACCGUUGCUCUAGGCUUCUUGUCUAUUGCAUCACUGGGUGUUUCAGUUUUAGUGGGACAUUACGCUGUCUUUUAUCCUUACAAUGGCAGAUCUAUUCCUCCUCAUGUAUUUUUCAGAAGCAUCUCUUUCAUGGUGUUCUUCCUCAUCACCCUAGCACUAUCAAUAUUGGCCGCGGGGAUGUUAUCGUGGGUAACGAUCACUGAGCUCCAUCAUUUAACUAGGAACGUUCAUAAGGACUUGAAGUCGACAUGUCCCACCGCCAAGACGGGUCUAUUCGGCGGCGCGGCUUUCAUGGCCCUCAAUGCUUCGCUAUUCUGGUUGAUCUGUCUCAUGCUUGUUGAUGAUGUCCGAAAAGAUUACCUUGCAGAACAAGACGACAGCAAAGCUCAACUUUUCAUCACCAACAAGCACAACAGAGAUUGAGCUUGAGAG